AGCUCUCCGGCAGCGUGGCAGCGCCCAGACCCGCGCGCCGCGACGAGCUCUCGUUCGCGCAGUGGCCCGACCCAGUCCGCUGCGUCGCCAUGGUCACGAAGCCCUUCUGGGAAGAGAGCUCCGACGACGAGGCACCCGAGCCGCCGAAGAAGCGCCGGAAGCGAGGCCUCCUGGACGACAGCAGCAGCGACGACGAGAAACAGACGGCCGCCGCUCGCGGGCGCUCCCCGUCGAAUGCCAUCGACAUCGACGUCGACGACGACGAGACGGGCGCCGCUCGCGAGCGCUGCUCGUCGAACGCCGUCGAACUCGACGACGACGAAGACGACGCGGCGGCGCCCCGCGCGCCUCCCGCCGCGCGGGCCCGAAGCUUCGCGGAGUCGCACCGCGUCUACGCCAACGCGCUGGAGCGGAGUUCGCGUCCGGCGUCGGCCGCCGACCUCGCGCCGCGGGAGCUCUUCGCGGGCGUGACGAGCGCGCUCGUCACGACGUUCGGCACGAACGCGGCCCGGCAGACGAAGAAGUUCCUGCGCGCGCACGCGCCCCGGGACGCGCGGGUCGUCGUCGUCGUCGACGGCGAGGCGCUCCGCGGCGACGUCGGCGCGCGCGACGCCGUCGUCGCGGCGCCGGAGGCGGACUACGCGAAGGCGACGGCCCACGCCAAGUUGAUGGUCGCGACGCUCGCCGGCGGCGGCCUCCGCGUCAGCGUCGGCACGGCGAACUUCCACGACGGCGACUGGGGGAAGACGGGGCAGCUCGCGUGGGUCCGCGACUUCCCGCCGGCGCGGCGGGCCGCGGCGCCGUCGGCGUUCGCCGAGACCCUCGCGGCCUACGUGAGGAUCCUCCUGUCCAAGGACCCGGCCGCGGGCGACGCCUGGGCCGCGCGGCUCCUCGGCGAGUUCGACGUCGACCCCGGCGACGACGCGCACCUCGUGCCCGUCGUGCCCUCGGAGUUCGCGCGCGCCGUCGCCGAGGCGACGCGGGGCGUCGACGCCCUGUCCCCGGGCGAGGCCAUCGGCGCGAAGCGGCUCAAGGCCGUCGUCGCGGCGCGCAUGGCCGGCGCGUUCGACGCGGCGGACCCGACGCACUGCUACUCGUCGUUCCACGGCGCGAGCCCGGCGACGGAGGCGCUCCGGCUCAAGGCCGACGACUGCGACGUCGCGCUCGUGCACUGGCCGCGCCGCGGCGACGCCCCGCGGCUCGGGGGCGCCUACGCGGCGACGCGCGGCGGCCUCGUCGGCGUCGCCGAGAAGCGCGGCGCCGCGCUCGUCCGCUUCGUCGCGGCGCGGCCGGACGGGGCGCCGGGCCACGAGCCGUCGCACGCGAAGCUCGUCGCGCGCGCGGGCCGCGGCGGCCGCGGCUUCGUCUACGUCGGCAGCGCGAACCUCUCGGCUCCGGGGUGGCGCCGCGGCGGCUUCCAGCUCGGCGUCGUCCUCACGAACGUCCAGCUCGGGAGCCUGCCGCUCCCCUUCGCCGUCCUCGGCGCGGACGGCGAGCCGCGCGGGGCGGGCGCCUUCGAGGCCCUGAGCCCCGACGACGCCUGGCUCCCGAGGCGGGAGCGCGGCGGCCCGGGCGGACGCCGCGGCGAGGCCGCGCGAGAGCGCACCGUCCAGGUGAGUCGACCCAGAGACCAGAAUGACUCGGCCGCGCUCGACCUCGAGGGGGUGGGGGAGAUGGACUGGAAGCAGGUCAAGGACCUCUGCCACGGCCACGACGCGAGCGUCCGCCUCGGCCGCGUCCCGCAGCCCGUCGGCAGCCGCUGCCGCGUGCCCUUCGACGCGCGCGAGCACGCCGUCGCCGCGCGCGACCGCAUCAACGGCGACGCGUCGGGCGUGCGCGCGACGCUCGUCUAGGCCCCUAGCGGCGCGGAUGAUACGUCUCUC